GGUUUGGCCCACAACACGGUUAUCAACGCUGCUCACAGUUCUGUUUCUUUCUUUUCAUUCUCGGCCAAAAAUGACUAACUAACCAAAAGGGGGUUGGCACGUGUUUGCAGUCUAAUAAAAGCUAACAACGAUCAGUCAGUGGAAUGUUUUGGCCAUUCCAUAUAUAUAUAUACGUUUUAUGUACCUAUGUACAUAUGUAGAUAUAGCAUAGCAUACAUAUGUAUGUCGCUUGCUCGCAUGCCAGAUGUGAAUCCAUUAGGAAAAUGCAAAUAAGGCUGGCUAUUGCCAUUUUCCAUUUAGAAUUCACAUUUAUCAAUACACUUCGUCGUCGGUCGUCUGUCGUCGCACGUUACAUGCAACUUGACAAUCUCGACUUGUUUUCAGUUUCCAUUGUCGCUCAAGAACGUCGUUACGUGUAUUUGUCAAAUCGUUAUAAUUCAACGCAUAAUAGCGCAAUAUAUUUAACAAUAAUUCCUUUGUUGACACCGAUUCGUCGCGCACUACAACUUAGACUAUGCUAUGCAAUUUGUUUAUGAUAAAGCUUUUUAGCAACGCCUGAAGGCAGGCAAAGUAAUUGUAGCAUUUAAAGGCACAUUGUAUGCCAAAAUCCAUGGCAUUCGAAAGUAUCAAAAAAAAGUACCCAACUGCUGGAAGAAGAAAGCUAAUGUCUUCGCCGGUCAGCACUGCCACACGGGGCGUUCGAGUGAGCGAUAGGGAGCCGAGCGAGCGAACGAGCGGGCUGGAAGGCAGAUAGAAAUUGGAGCGCACCCCGAGAGUCGAGUCCAGGCCACGAUCGAUCGACAUGCGAGGCGGGCAGCAGUGCCACAGCAAAGCUACUAGCAGUCGGACGUAAACAUGAAACCCAUUGGGUGCAAGAGCAUUCCGGUCAUCUUCCUGGUGAUCCUCGGCCUGGUCAGCCUGGCCAGCCUGGCCAGUUCGCUGCCCAUGACUCCCGAACAGGAGCUGAAAGAUGUCGACGAGCCGUUGGGUCAGCAACGUCAGCAUAAGCAGCAGCAGGUGCAUCAGCGCAUGGUGAAGAGCGAAGCGGUGCCAGAGUCGGAGUUCGUCGGUAGAAUUGCGCCACGCGAUGAGCAGAAUCCGGAGGAUGAAUACGAUGCCGUCACAUUGGUGGAGGAGCUGGAGGCCGUCGGAGUGAAGCUGGCCGACCGACGUGAUCUGCGCAAGCUAACCUUCACGGAGCUGGCGCGCCUACUGGCCCUCUGGCAUCUGUCCCAGAAUCGCAACGUUUACAAUGCCAAAGGACCGGAGGAGCAGCCCAAUCAGGCCAUCGAUGAGCGUUAAUUUAGUUGCUUAAUGAGUAAGCUCGUUUAUUUAAAGCCAAAGUUCGCUUAAUAUAUAUGUAUUUUGUGUGACAAGAGAAAAAGGCUAGUAGUACGCUCCUCGGAGAACCAAGUGGGAUGACCCAUGCAGAUAUACAUACUAUGGCAACUAUAUGAUACUCUCCGACCUGACUUUCGUUAGAACAUUAUAAGGAACAUUGUAGCUCCAGCAGCAAUUCUUUCAAAUGAUAGUGUGCCUCAUUUUUAGACUCGUAUAGAAAUGCAAAUAAACUAAACCGUAUUAUUGUA